GCUGUGAAGCGAAGUGGCUGAAGUUAAGAGAGACUUGGGUAGACGGAUGGGACCGAUGGGACAUCAGGAGAUAGGAAUAGAGAGGACGUUUUCUGGGCAAUUGGGGGAUUGGGGUGGGGUGGAUGAUAACCACUCGAAGUCAUCUGAAAAUGAACGUCGUUUGCUUGAGAGUGGUGGUUAGAGCACCCACCAUCUGUGGCCCAGUGGCAUUGUGGCCUGGUGGUCUACAUCCUCCAUAUGUCAUCGUGGGAAUAAUCAGCCCCCACCCGUUGAAGGUAUUGGAGACUACAUGACUAGAUCCUGAUGAUCAGGUGAUGACCUGGACCUGAUGAUGGAUGAUGGUUGAUGGGAUUCUGAACCAUGAGAGCUUAACAUAUUAGCACAGGCUUUAUGAGAUAUCAGUGCCAUGCCAAUUAGGAGCUUGUGCCUGAGAGCAUGGAGGAGGAAUGGGCACUGGAGGCUCUAUGUGGUGAGAGUGGAUGCCUAAACUGGAUGGUCUGAUUGGCGGAGUGUGGACGAUUGGUUUGAUCUGAUGGCCUAUGACACCCAAUGGGAGAGAGAUGAGCAUAUAGCUGGAAAGCAAAGUAAUAUGGGAACCUUCCAAUAUGGAGGAGAUGAGGCAUUGAGGCAUUGGAUGAGUAAAGCAGAGGAUGGGGCGGGAUCAGCAAUGAUGAGAUGAAGAAGGUGAUGAGCCUGAGAACGCUUAGGAAUCUUUAUAUUGCCUCAGGUUAUUUGUCUGUGGUUGAUGAACUUGUCAGUUUGACAAUUAGUCAAGUUCAUUAACGUUUGGUGCUGCCAUCUCAGGAGCAAGGUGCAUAAGAAUGAUGAGCUUUGGCCUAUCUAUGAGAAGAUUAGCCAGCUGAUGAGUUCAGCAGAACCUGGAUCAUCCAGGCAGCGACCGAUGGCGCAUGUCGCGCGGGAGUUGCUGAAGAAGGAAUUGGUGACCUUGAUGAAGGCCCAAGAUGAGAGCUGCGGCUUCUCUGUGGGUUUGGAGGACGAUUCGGACUUCUUCACCUGGCGCGUGGUCUUCGAGGGUCCGGCCGAGAGCCUGUAUGAGGGUGGCAUUUUCACCGCGAUCCUAAAGUUCCCGUCCGACUUCCCGAACAACCCGCCAGAGAUGAGGUUCGAGACCGAGAUGUGGCAUCCCAACAUCUACCCGGAUGGCCGGGUCUGCAUCUCCAUCUUGCAUCCUCCAGGCACCGAUCGUUUCAAUGACCAGGAGACCGCGGAUGAGCGCUGGCGGCCGAUCCUGGGCGUUCAUAGCAUCCUCAUCAGUGUGAUGUCGAUGCUCGUGGAUCCAAAUGUGGAUUCCCCAGCCAACAUCGAUGCAGCGGUCAACAUGAAGAACGACUACGAGGGCUGGAAGAAGAAGGUGAGGCAGCUGACCCGAAAGAGUGUGGAAGGAUGA